AUGAGCAAGCCCAAGCCAGCAAGCACUUCCAGUGCAGAGUCUGAAACAAUGGCAAAGGGUGGCAACGCCGACAGCUUGUUUGCGCUCCAGAAAGAUCUUCACAGUCAGCUCAAUCAACUCCAAGUAAACUUCAAGAAGGACAGCACGUCUCGGAAAACUAAGCCCUAUUUCCAACUGCGCCUUUCCAAACUCAACUUAAUAAGCCAGCAAUUCAACAAGAAUCAUCAAGAGUUUGUAAGCGCUGGCUACCCCACACACCCUUACUUCGACGAUAAUUUAGCGGACCAGUUCGAAGAGGAAUUUAUCACAGCGUUCUGUUUAAUCUCUACGGAGUCCGAAACACUUUUCCCCACUCAGCUACCAGCGUGCGCCGAGCAACAAGCGACACCUGUUCCUAAAAUGCUCGGCCCUGGUGCGGCAGUCCAACUUCCAAAGUUGCCAGUACCUAACUUUUCCGGAAAGUAUACAGAUUGGCCAGCUUUCCAUGAUCUGUUUAUGCAACUCAUUCACCAGAACCAGGCGUUGUCAAAUAUUCAGCGAUUCCAUUUUCUCAAGCAAGCACUGCCUAAAGAGCAGGACCAAGAUGUACACCAAAUGGAACUAACGGAUGGCGCCUACACAAUCGCAUGGGAUCUCAUCAUCAAACGCGAUGAUAACCCCCGUUUACAAUUCAUGCACCACAUGAACGCCCUCUACGACUUACCCUUUAUCUCAAGGGAAAGCUCAUCAGAGAUCGAACAUAUGCUGAACGUAACCAACGUAUGCAUCAACGAGUUCAAUCGUCUCAAAACUAAUAUCCAUUCUAGCACGCAAUGGAUAGUCCAUCAUUUGAUCGCUAGAUUACCUACGACAACUGUACAAGCCUGGGAGCAUUGCUUGGGAAACUCCAGCGACAUUCCGAGUUUCCUCGACUUGAAAACCUUCCUCAACAAUCGCCUCGUCAGCAUGAACAUCAUUGAGAACCGGAAAUGUUCACAGCCCACGCACAACUCUACGAUCAACAAAUCGACAAACUAUCCACGCCAAAAUCCCAAGCAAAAGGGUUCCGGCUUCUACAAGGGCAGCACGUUCCACACCACGACUGGAACCAGCGGUCCCAUCUCUUGCCCCAUCACCGAUUAUUCAGAACGCAGCAAGCGAGAGCUCCGAUCUUGCUCAUCCUCCCGAUUCCACUACAGUGCUGAUGGCCACUGCCGCGCAGUCAACUCGAUCCAUUUUGCUCUAGUACAACUACAUAAUAACAGCACCGGACAAACUGCCGUUAUUCGAGCCUUGAUCGAUCAUGGCUCUGAGGGCACGUUAAUCACAGAACGUGCCGCUCAGUUGCUGGGACUUCCACGUCACCAAGUCACAGCACAGAUCACCGGGGUCGGUGAUAGCUCAAAGAACAUCUGUAGAUUUAGUACAGAGUUCUCCAUAAGCUCAUGUACGGACCCUCAAUUUCACCAUCUGGUGCGACCAGCGUAUGUCCUCAACUCGAUAACCUCUCAUUUACCAAGAAGCAAUGUCAACGUGGACACUUGUCAGCAUCUUCAGGGAUUACACUUGGCCGAUCCCACCUUUACCAGGCCAGGCCGCAUCGACGCGUUAUUUGGAGUAGAUCUAAUACCAUAUUUGUUGCUGCCAGAUUUACGGAAAGGAGCUUCAAAUCAACCUAUUGCUCAACUCACUCAAUUGGGUUGGAUCGUGUUUGGCCAUAGCAAUGAAACAAGGGCAAAUUUGGUAACCAUUCGUUGCCAUCAGACUAAUCUGGAUGCACUGGUAAAGGGUUUCUUCGAUCUUGAUCAAAUCAGCUCUGAGAGGACCUUAACAGCAGAAGAACAAUGGUGUGAGGAUCAUUUCCAGCGUACCUGCAUCCGACAACCCAAUGGAAAAUACCUGGUCCGGCUUCCGUUAAAAACUGAAUUUGACAAGGAACAAGUCAUCGGAAAGUCUCACCAAAUCGCACUCAAUAGAUUCCAUCUCUUAGAACGUCGGCUAAACAGAAACGACACACUUAAACAACAAUAUCACUCCACCAUUAAGGAAUAUUUUGUUCUUAAGCAACUCUCCAAAGUCACUACCGCAGAAACUCGACAUCAAAUGAUCACUCCAAGAGGUCAACAGUAUUUCUCAUCAUGUACUCUCCCACACCACGCCGUGAUAAAGGAGGACAGUACAACGACCAAAGUUCGGGUGGUGUACGAUGCAUCAUGUACCACUUCGAACGGAAAAUCCCUUAACGACAUAUUGUGCAUCGGCCCACCGCUACAAAAUGAUUUAGGAGGAGUCAUCAUGAAAUAA